AUGGCCCGCAAACAGGCAACGGAAGAGCCCGUCCCCCCGAUGCCGGGAGAGGACGCCGUGGAGCGCAAGCGAGUGUUGAAUAUUCUGGCGCAGAGAAGAUAUCGAAAGAGAAAGAAGGAGCGUAUGCAGGCGCUGGAGUCUCGCGCCAAUGGCCCUGAGCUUUCUGGGGUCCUUUUAUCUGACCAACAGGGGAGACACCCUAGCAGGGAUAACUCGCGGACAACAGUCGGAUCUCAGGAUGUCUUGAAGCCUCUGGAUCAGAAUGGUCAUUGUACUGCUUCAAGCGAUCCAUAUGUGGCGAAUACCCCCAAUCUCGACCUCACCUAUUUUGACGCACAGGUGAAUGUCAGCUUUCAGAACGACGAAUCGUAUGCUGCAUUCCAAUCUGCAUCAUGGCCCGACACUCGAGACUUGCAUCCAGUAAGCCUCUCAGCAUCGGGCUUACUUGAAUUGCCACCAUCACUCGCGCUUCCCACUACGAGCUCUAGCGAUGCUUCGUGGGCGCAGCUGGCAGGAUGCUCUGACUGGAUCGGACAAACCCAAGUCCUUGAUGACAUCGACAAGCAGCUUGCAGAAGAUCUGCCGACCAGUACAGAAAACACGUAUGAUCUAUCCGCAGAGCUACAGGCCGAUGAUACUUCAUUCUUCACGUUUCCGGACGAUCGGAUACUUGCCGUACCAUCCCUCACUCUUCUCAACGCGGCCAUGAAAGUGGCACAGCGAUUGGGUAUCAAUGGGUUGAUUUGGGAUUUUACAGCUGUGAGUCCUUUCUAUACGGGAGACCAAUCUCACACGUCCAUCUCAUCGCCACCGUCUUUGGAAACCGGCUUGUCCACUUCGGCAACAUCACCAGCAAACUCUGUGGACCUGACUGAACUUCCGUCUCACCUGCUGCCAACCCCUACUCAGCGCCUCAUUCCCCACCAUCCAAUAAUCGACCUUCUCCCUUGGCCAAGUACCCGAGACAAAUUGAUUCAUGUGUUCCAUCUCCCGCCCAAUCUACGGCCGCCGAAUGCCCAGGAUCCGAUGGGCCUUCUCCGGUUAGUCUACGACAUGGAAGAUGGAGGGGGUGAAGGAAUGAGAAUUAGUGGCGACGAUCCAUUUGAGCCAUGUGUUUGGGAGAUAGGCCAAGUGGUAUUUGAGAGGUGGUGGUGGGCAUUUGAGACCAGCGUCGUGGAAAGAAGUAAUCGGGCUCGAGGUAACAGAGGCGAGAGAAUAUUAGCACUGGAAAGCCAUAAGUGA